UGGCCCUGCCUGGCCUGCAGAGGGCGCUGUUUCCCCUCAUUGCAGAGUGUUUCUGUUUUUCCUGCGUGUUUUCAGUGGCAGCCUCACUCUCUCUGUGUCUCUGCUACUUCAGGAGCAACAAAUUCUGAUCUGGGAUGUUGGGAACUCUCUGAAUCCGCUGGCUGUGUUUUUCCUCUGCCGGUUCUGGUUCUGUUCCUUCCGCAGGAUGGGUUUUAUCAUAACUUAGCUGUUCCAGACCUGUUGGAGGACUGCUUGCUCGUUUCAACAUACCGGUUCGGACAUGGAGGACCUGAUCCGGCUCUCCGACCAGGACCUGCAGAGGUUCGGUAAGGAGGACCUGAUCCGGACGCUGCGGGCUCUGCAGAACCGCAGCACGGACGUGAUGCUGGAGCACGGGAAGCUGAUGAAGGACGUGAACCGCAGCCUGCAGGUCCACCUCCAGGAGAUCCGGAGCUUGAAGGAGGUGAACCAGAAGCUGCAGGAGGACAACCAGGAGCUGCGGGAGCUCUGCUGCUUCCUGGACGACGACCGGCAGAAGGACCGGAAGGUGUCCCGGGAGUGGCAGCGCUUCGGCCGCUACACGGCCGGCGUGCUGUGGCGGGAGCUGGGGCUGUACCAGCAGAAGCUGACCGAGCUGGAGGCCGGGCAGGAGACGCUGCGGGCGGAGAACGCCGAGCUCAAGGAGAUCGUCCUCAUGCUGGACGAGGAGAGGAGCGGAGCCGGGUCCCGGAGCUCCAUCGACAGCCAGUCCAGCCUGAGCGGACCGGUGCCGCCCCGGGACGGAGGCGACGGGAGCAGCGGGGGGAGUCCGGACCACCAGACCGCCUACCUGAAGGGCUGCGGGGGGAAGGCGGGCCCGCUGAGGCGGUCCGUGGACGAUCUGUCAGCUCAUGGAGGCACCGCUGAGUUCCGAUCAGAUAUAUCAGAGUGCUACAUCAGAGAGCUAGAGAACAAGGUGAGGAUCCUGGAGGAUGAAAAGAAACUGUUGACAAUGCAGAACCAUCCUCGGACUCCCAGUGGAGAACUGUCCCCUACGGGGUUCUACCUGCCUCUGGCACAGAAACCCGAAGCUGUAGUCCAUGCCAUGAAGGUGCUGGAGGUCCAUGACAAGCUGGACAGUCAGAACUCGAGGGAAUUCGAUGAAGACCUCAACGAUAAGGAGAAAGCCAUCGUCAGAGAGAUGUGCAACGUGGUUUGGAGAAAGCUGGGCGACACUGCUGGUUCAAAGCUCUCUGUUCGACAGCAGCUACUAGGAAACCAGCUCCAAGGUCCGGUCCAGUAGGAGAACCCACCAUCAAACCCUCAGCAUGAUCCUCAAACAGAAGCAGUAGAGAAAAAUGGGCACACCUUUUACUACACAAAUGCACAAAGUUUCAAUAGUCCUGGACAGGAUGCUGAAACGGCUCACUGAUGCCACCAUGUGGAUUUACGGUGUAAAUACCGUUUUAAAUCAGCAAAUUUUCGGUUUUAUGGAGCAGAUCCAUCCACUGUCUUCCACUUUCCUGAUAUCUUGGAGAUAACCGGUCCAAGGCGUCCUUCUCCCCACGGACUCCAGAUCACUUGGGGAGAUCGAUUCCAGAUCACUUGGGGAGAUCGAUUCCAGAUCACUUGGGGAUCCCUUCAUUGAGUUCUGGGCGCGAGUUCGUGUCUCCCUUCAUCUCUAACGACGACAUUCUGCUCUACAACUCUGACUUCCCCCCAUAAACUCAGAGGGAAACUCUGAAGGAGCCGAUUUCAGUCUAGCUUGGUAAAAGAAACCCCAGAAAAACAGCGCUUUGCUUCCUACAAAGGGCCUGAGCCAUCGGCGGCUAUUUAGAAACGAUUGCUAAUCGCUAACGGUCGGCCGUGACGUAUGUAAAGCGCCGGUAUCGGCCCUAUGAAUUUAUCGGGAGUUGCUCGCGUUGUAAACAACCGUCCUCCACUGCGAAGAGAAAAGCAUCGAGCUGAACGAGAUGGCUGUCAAUGUUAGUUUAAUAUUUGGGACCGUGGCCAACACGGACUGAACGGCUCCGUUCACUCCCUCCGCUAAAACUACAGACUACAACUGUAAACAGCGCAGAAAAUCGACGUCAUCGUUCUCAACUUCUUCUGUUCGCUGAUUGGCCGGUUGUAACGCUAAAUUCUAAACCCGAAGCUUCAUGUUUCAGCUUCACAGACUGGAGGAUUGUAUUCAUGAAGAGACAAAGCUGUGAUUUAUCUGCCUGUUUUCUGCGCCAUCCUGCAAUCACGCAGAACCAAAGCAUUCCCUGGGUUUCCACAGUCCGGAGUGAUGUCGGCUAGUCCGGCGCCGCCAUUUUGUUUGACAGUUUCUACUUGCUUGGGCUUUGACAACAAAAUAUUUGGGCCAGACUAAGAUUUUUUUUUAUUCUUAAUUACGAGAAUUAAGUCACAAUUUUAGGGAAAUUAAGUAGUAAUCACAUUUUUUAAAAUAAAAAUACCUAACCCAAACUUUUUUUUCUAAUAAAAGUUUUUUUGUUUUUGUUUUAAAAACUUCCCUGCUAAUAUCAUGACUGUAUAUUCUCAUUAUUAAACAAAACUUCUGGUAGCCUGGCCUUAAUACUCACAGAAGGAAGAACCCCCCCCCCACACACACACACACACUUUUUUGUCAUUUAUAAUUUCCUUUCUUUUUCUUUCUUUUUUUUUUAUAAAAGAAAGCAAGGGAAAAAAAUCAAAUUGGAAAUUGGAUCUGGUAAAAAAUUGGAGAUUUAAUUUUCAUACCAUAUCACCCAGCCUUACGCAGAAACAACACACUCUCUGGCCACUUUAUUAGGUACAACUUUUCAGUUGCAUGCAGAGGAGAAUGGACAGAGAGUGUUGAGCUAGAAAGGCAAUAUUAGGUUGAAUAAUUGCUUAUUACUUCAGUGAAUAUACCCAGAAGGAGAUUUCCACCUUUAAGUCUCAACAGAAUUACAACUUUAGCAAACAUGAUGAACUGUACCAGCCAUGCUGCAGUUUUUCCUUCCAUCUUGGCACAAUGUUUGGCAUCUUCCUGUUGUUUGCUGCUGCAUGUUGGUUUUUUUAACAGAGCUGGCUAAUGCAUAUCCUCUAAAAAGCAAGGACCUUUAAUUCAUCUACAUCCGAGGACUAUAAAAGCAUGUUUUUGCUUCAAAGGGAUUUUUUAGAAAAAGAAUCUCUUCUUAGAAAUUUCAGUUACCUACAGCUGAAAUAAAAUUGCUGUUUAUUGCUUGUUUGUGCAGAACUGAAAUUAGAAGAUGAUGUUAAAAACUCAAAAUCAGUGCAAACACUUCCUAAUAAUCCAAUUCUUUACACUUAUUUGUUCUCCAAACUCCUGAACAACCUCAGAUAUUAAUGCCUUACUUUGAGGCUGAGCUGAGUGAGCUAGUGCCUCAUUUAAAGGUGAAAACAGAGGAUUAGUUUUCCCAAAGGUUUGUUGUUAAUUUGAUCCCACUGGUGAUUAAGUGUAUGUACUAUGUGCUACCAGGAGUAGAUAUGCUGCCUUAAUGUAGAUUUUACAGCAUAUAUUUCUGUUAAAUGAAUGGAGUUUAGCUGGAUUUUGAA